AUGGACAUCUAUCAACCUGAAAUGGGACACUGGCGAUGCGACAACUGUAAAGAGAGUGUGCGUUACUCACGCGGAACAGGACAGGUCGAGCAUAUGCACGUUUGGCAGUGUUGCAGAUGCAGUUUCGCAGAAAACCGGGUCCUCUGGGAUGCAGGAUGCUCAUACUGCGCUGGUGUUUUAUUUCAGGCGUCAAACGACCCGUUUCUGUGCCAGGAACCCAUCGAGCCUCCUGUUGACCCUGAAACGUGCCUGAGCGAUCCAGAUGAGUCGUCAUAUGUCGUCUGUGCCCUAGAGACUGUCAGCAGCGCCUCAAGAUUCCGUCCUAUCGAUGACUUGACGUCAAAAGUCCUCCAGAAUCUAUCCCGAGUCGACCGAGACUUACAGCCACAUGACAUCAGCAACCCGGCCCCUCCAGACGAUUCUCAAGACAAGAGGGGGUUUGAAUAUCCAAUCUCAUUUGGCUAUUCUACUACCAGCUCUGCCCCGAAUCCUUGCGUUGUGGAUCACACUAGGCACAACACUCGGCACGUCAUACCGGACACCCACCUCCGGUUUGCGCGCAAGCAAGAAACGGAUAGAUCACAAUCAUAUGUUAACGAUGAAACGAUCGCGCUGACCAUCUCGAGCAAGGAAAGCCAGGGCUGGUCUGCAGGUGACAGUGGCUACAGAUCUUUGUUGCUUAAUCCAGAAGAAACAUCAUCAUCAAGCAAAAGGCAUCAAAACGACAUCGAAGAUGCCAACUCAAGGAACGAGCAAGAGGACACUAGCGUAGAAAGCGCACGGAAGCGAAAGCGACUACUAGACUCAUCUCAGCCUCGCCUUGGAUGCCCGUUCUACAAACACAGCCCAUGGCGCUGCAAACAUACUUCUUGUGCUAGACCAGGCUUUCUCGGGAUCCACAGACUCAAGCAACACUUGGAACGAGACCAUCUUUUUCACCAAUGCGAACGGUGUGGAUUAACCUUCCGGGGCGCUGCGGGAGCUGAAGCACUGGCAAAUCAUAGACGGGAGCCCCAUCCGUGCUGCUUGCAGCCGAAGAUUCUUCCAGUAUGGGGAAUUGACCAAGCAACAUUCAAUCUGUUGAAGUGUCGAAAAGGCAUCCAGGGCAAGUCAGAGGAACAGCGAUGGAGAGAGAUAUAUUCCCUUGUAAUUGCCGACGCAUCAACUUCCAGGCAGCCAUCUGCUUAUGUUGAUGAGGAACAGACCGUAGGGCAAGAUGAUACACAUAAUGCAGCACCGGCACAGGCACAACAACGCGCUACCGAGAACUACUCGCGAGAAUUACUUCGACUCCUGCCCGAUCGUCUUACAUCGAGUAUCACAGACGUUAUACCUGAUAGUAGGCUCACUGCACUUUGGAAAUCCUUCGCACGCGACCACCUUUACGAAAUUCUACAAGAUGCUCUCACUGACAUCACUUCGAUACCACACCAAGAAAGUAUGAGCCAUCCGCCAGCCGGAGACUUGAGUGUAGGGUCAGAACAGGGCCAUCAGAUGCCAUUGUCGUCUGCAGAUCCGGACAAAGAUGCAGUCUUUGAGUUCUUUGAGUUCGCACAUCUGGACGGUGAAUAA